AACAUCUUCGUCUCCCAGCAGGAAAAUCAAAAAACCACAUGCCUCGCGCUAUCAACAAUUAAUGUCUAAUGAUUCAAUUUCUCACCCUCAUAAUUGAUUUAGGUAUUUUAUGACCAAAAUCAUUAUCCGAUGUCGUUCCGUCAAAGCAACAUCAUUUGGUGAAGAAUAAAAUUCUUUGGUGCUAGAAAAUAUCAAGAAACGAAAUUUUGGGUUUUUUUCUCCUGAAUUAAUAAAAAGUUGUGCUUAAAUUGCUACAAACACGAAAAAUGCUCUACCAUCAAAGGUUACAACCUGAAGAAAGAUGCAAAUGAAUUAUUUAGAAUGAAACUCACAUCCGUGUGGUGAGAAUAAAGAAGUGUCUUUGUUAUUUUGUUGUCGUGGGAAUUAGUAGGAAUUUUGAUAUGGAUUACUCGAGAUAUUUUGUUUUGUCUGGUUUUAGUUUCUUAUGGGAAAUGAUAGGUAAAAGGAGAUAAAAUGGAUGCUGAUUUGAACCAGGAGGCUUUGGACUCUCCCCACAGCUCUCUGAUCAUUACUGAAUGAACUGGAAACCGCUCAUGGUUGUAUAGAAGAGCGAAUCAGACAGCUUGAAGCAGUAACUUCUAGGGCUAUGCAGCGACGGAUACGGAGACAGCAUAAUAAUACCCAUCAAAUGUUGGAUAAUCCUAUGGAAUCAACAACUGAAGUUCGAAGUGAUGAUGCGUUGAUUUCUAAUGGCAUUGGUGUUUCAGUCAAUCAUAAUGAUGGUAUACUACGUUCUAGUGGAGUUGGUGUCGCGGCCCCAGAGAUGGCAUUAGAAGCAGGAAAAUUUGUGAAAAGGAAUAAUACUCAUUUAAUAGCCAAGGCACUGGGUACAGAUACAGAUGUGCUGAAGAUUAAAGGCUAUAAAAGAAGAUUUUUUGAUUGUAAUAUAUGCUUAACUAAUGCAAGAGAACCUAUAUUGACCCAGUGUGGUCAUCUAUUUUGUUGGUCAUGCUUCUAUCACUUGUCAUAUGUUCAUUUGAACGUGAAGGAGUGUCCGGCGUGCAUGGGAGAGGUUACAGAUGCGAGCGUUAUUCCAAUUUAUGGAAAUGGUAACAAUACUAAAACCCAGAAGUCCAAGUUGAUAGAUUCUGGCUCGAAGGUCCCUCCUAGGCCCGGUGCACAAAGAGUUGAAAGUCUGAGGCAGAAAGUCAUCAAUCGUAGACCAAGCUCCUCUGUGAUUGAUUUGAACAUAAGGGUAUAUAAUAGGAUAGUCGAAAUGGAGGAGAGAUCUCGGUCAGAGGAGAAUGGUGAAAGAUGGGUCAAUCAAUCCUUUACUUCCCAGGCACUGCCUGUCAUGCAGGCACAGAACAAUCAGCAUCACGAUUUCUCUCAAGUUUCAAGGCGAUUGUCACAGGGAUCUGCAUCACUCUCUUUUCUUUCAUCUGCAAUGAACUCUGCAGUGGAUUCUGUAGAAAGACUAGUUGAUAACCUGGAGGAUUCUAUUCAUCGUUGCCGUAUGAGAACAAACUAUCAGCGACAAUCGGGUGAUAUUGAUAGAAACUCUUUUUCUAGCAUCACUGCUGCUGCAGUACAAACUAACCAAAUUCUAGAUAAUAAUGAAGCUGAUGUGGAUUUAAUAUUGGGUCAUCGUCCUUCAUCGUCUUUUAGUAGCUAUACUGUUCUCCCAUCAGAAAACCAGAGAAUUAUCAAUGUUGGAGAAAGCAGUUCUGUUACACCCAUCUCAUCAUCUUCUACUAGUAGAAGAGCUGAAUGUUCAAGAAAUAUAGAAUUGCAAAAUAGAUAAAAGAGCAAUUCGAUGGCAGCCAAUUCCUCUUCAACUUCCAGGAGAAGAAGUGAACUUCCUGGAGAUUCAGAUGCUGAUAACAGAUCAUUACGUGAAUCCAGAAGGAGAAGGUUAAUGUGACAUGGUCCCAAGAAGGAAGACUCAAUUGAUAGCAUGAUCCUUGGCUAAACACUGAAAUCUACUUGCUCAAUUCUGUUAUUUAGAUGUUUUUUCCCCUCAUUUGACGUUUAAUUGACUGUGUAUAGUUGUGGAAGAUUAGUUUAGAAGAUUUGACUGUGUAUAGCUGUGGAAACACUUUGACUAAGUUGAUCAUCUUUGUGAAAGAUUAUAUAUAUGUCAGAUGAUGCGUAGUGUUCAGAGCAA